AUGGUUGGCUUCCGCACACCCCUCUCCACUCAAGACGUCAUGCUGCGCUCUACCAACCGAUUCUCAAGCCCCAACUACCGCACCAUGGCCAUCCUCGGCCUCGAUCUGGAAAAGGCAUUCGACAAUGUGAUCGAGAAUGCGUUCCUCACCCGUAUCAACCGCCACCUCGACGGCACUGGAGCAUACCCGCCCACUAUGGUUGGCUUCCGCACACCCCUCUCCACUCAAGACGUCAUGCUGCAGCUCUACCAACCGAUUCUCAACGACCCAACUACCGGCACCAUGGCCAUCCUCGGCCUCGAUCUGGAAAAGGCAUUCGACAAUGUAGGACAUGCAGCAAUCCUGAGCCGAAUUAACAUCUUCAGCAUGGACGAGCGAAGCUACAGUCAUAUCAGAGAUUACCUGUCGCGCCGCACAGUUACCCUCGCAGUCGACAGCAUGACAUCUGACGAACAUGCACUAGGAAGCGCCGGCACUCCUCUGGGUCGGUGA